CACUGAGGACACCGCAGCAUAGAAAUGCGCACAGCUCCGAGCCAAACCCGGCUAUAGCUUCACCUCGCGGCACCCCUGACCCGUCUCUCAACACAAUGGGUUACAGGGAAUAUGGCUAACUUUGCCACACUUUGCAUGUCUCGGGAAAUGCCCUGCGUUGUCUGGAGAGCUGUGCUGCCGAGCGGCUGAAUUGAGAGCACAAUAACACAGAGACUUGAGAGAAGAAGCGGGAGGGAGACCUGAUUCCAGUCAUUUCUGUCCUCUCCCACUUUGGUUUUGAGAGAUGAUCACGGAGCUGGUGUGCACCGCCGUGGCUGUGGGUCUCUAUCUGAACACGCUGGACGCGGAUUUCUGCUACGAUGACAGCCGAGCCAUCAAGACCAACCAGGACCUUCUUCCUGAGACUCCGUGGACCAACAUCCUGUAUGAUGACUUCUGGGGCACCCUGCUCACUCACAGUGGCAGCCACAAGUCCUACCGCCCCCUCUGCACCCUCUCCUUCCGCCUCAACUACACCCUACACGGCCUGCGUCCCUGGGGCUACCACCUGCUGAACGUGGUGUUGCACGGGCUGGUCACUGCCCUCUUCACAGCCUUCAGUCGCUCGCUUCUUGGUGGAGGACUGUGGACCCUGCUGGCUGGCCUUCUUUUCGCUUCUCAUCCAAUACACACUGAAGCUGUCGCUGGUGUGGUUGGCAGGGCAGACGUAGGUGCUGCGUUGUUUUUCUUGCUGUCUCUUCUCUGCUACAUGAGACACUGUGGACUUCGUAGGGACCAACGAGGGACUUUUCAGACCAGGCGAUGUGGUGGCGGCUCAGUGACCCGGUGCUGGGGAUGGAUGCUCGGCAGCUUGUGGUGCGCAGCAGCCAGUAUGCUUUGGAAGGAGCAGGGGGUGACAGUACUGGCCGUGUCAGCUGUGUACGACCUCUUUGUGUUCCAGAGACUCCGGUUUCGCCAGGUGCUUCUCCUCCUGCUGGGAAAGAAAAAGAACAUCAGUGUUAUGCUGAGUCUUGGCGUGCUGGCCUCCUGGGGAGUGAUUCUGUUGUCAGCUCGCCUCUACUGGAUGGGCAACAAGCCUCCCAACUUCUCCAACUCGGACAACCCCGCGGCUGACUCGCCGCAUUUUCUCACGCGGACGCUAACGUUCCUGCACCUGCCGGCCGCCAAUGCCUGGCUGCUGCUCUGCCCGGACAAGCUCAGCUUUGAUUGGUCCAUGGACGCCGUGCCCUUGGUCAGGUCCCUGGCUGACUGGAGGAACUUUCACACUGUUGCCUUUUAUGGUGGAUUUAUCCUCCUGGGUUUGUUUGGCCUCCGUGGCCCCACCUCCAAAGCCAAGGAGAGCAAUGGGAAAGCAUUUGUCACCAAUGGGAAGUCAAUCACCAAUGGGAAUGGUUACCAUGCCCCUGACACAAACCAUAACAUAGAUCAGGGGCCGCCAAAGACCGCCCUGAAUGGGUCAGCUGGACUCCAUCACUGCCCUCCACGGACAUCCUUGCCCCCUACAGAAAACUUAGUACUAUUUUCAUUAGGCAUCCUCUUGUUGCCUUUCAUCCCAGCCACAAACCUGUUCUUUUAUGUAGGUUUUGUAAUUGCAGAGAGGGUACUUUACAUUCCCAGUGUAGGCUUUUGUUUGCUGGUUGCUGCUGGUGCAAGAACCCUGUAUGUCAGACUGAGGACUAGAGGCUGCAAGGCCUUACUGUUGUGUCUUUGUGCGGGACUCGUGCUGCUGAAUGGACUCAGAACUGUUCAAAGAAACAGAGACUGGAGCAAUGAGGAGAACCUCUACAAGUCUGGGAUUAGUGUGAAUCCCGCAAAAGCCUGGGGAAACUUGGGGAAUGUACUGAAGAAUCAGGGCAAGAUGGCGGAGGCGGAGAAGGCAUACAGAAACGCUCUGCACCACCGAGGAAACAUGGCUGACAUGCUGUAUAACCUUGGCUUGCUGCUGCAGGAGAAUGAGCGUUUUUCUGAAGCGCUGCAUUAUUACAAGCUGGCCAUUGGGAGUCGGCCAACACUGGCAUCGGCCUACUUGAACACAGGAAUCAUCCUGAUGAACCAAGGCAACCUGGAGGAGGCCAAACGCACCUUUCUGACCUGUGCCGACAUUCCAGAUGAGAACUUGAAGGACCCCCACGCCCACAAGAGCUCCGUCACCAGCUGCCUGUACAACCUGGGAAAACUGCUCCAUGAGCAGGGCCAGCAGGAGGAGGCCCUGUCUAUUUAUAGGGAAGCAGUACUGAAAAUGCCCAGACAGUUUGCACCACACAGCCUUUUCAACAUGAUGGGAGAGGCCUACAUGAGACUGAACCGGCUGGAGGAAGCAGGCCACUGGUACAGAGAGUCCCUCAGGGCCAAGCCUGACCAUAUCCCUGCCCACCUCACUUAUGGCAAACUCCUGUCCAUCAUCGGGCAGAAGACAGAAGCAGAGAAGUACUAUCUGAGAGCUAUUCAGCUUGACCCGACAAAAGGGAACUGCUACAUGCACUAUGGUCAGUUUCUGUUGGAGCAGUCUCGUCUUGGCGAGGCGGCGGAGAUGGCAGAGAGAGCUGCGGAGCUGGACAGCUCAGAGUUUGAUGUGGUCUUCAGUGCUGCUCACAUGCUCAGACAGGCCAGUCUUAAUGAGGCAGCAGAGAGGCAGUAUGAGCGUGCAGCCAGCCUCAGACCAGAUUACCCGGCUGCUCUGAUGAACCUCGGUGCCAUCCUUCACCUGAACGGGAAACUUCCCGAAGCGGAGGCCAACUACCUGCGUGCACUCCAGCUCAAGCCCGAUGACGUCAUCACUCAGUCCAACCUGCGUAAGCUGUGGAACAUCAUGGAGAGGCAGGGACUCAGGAUUAAGCAUGGCCUCGGGAUGCAGAGGAGCGACCUUUGAACUGAGAGAGUCACCGCGCUGUUCCCAUUAUGAUGACGCAGUGUGUCCUCCAGAGAACGAAGCAGGACAGCGCUGAAGGCUCAAAGCCCUCUCUACAAGACAGGAAGGACAAAUUCUGCAGAGUCGUGGCCUGUGGAUCUUAUGGAGGACAGUUUGAGGUUUGGCAUGUUUGGGUUCCAAGGGUUCAAGAGUUGUACCCAAUAAUACGUCACCACCAGUGCUGCAUGGUGGCUCAAACAAAUAAUGUCGCCUUUAUUGUUAAAUUUUAGAAAGCAAUGCUCAGAUGUUAAAUGAUGCACUGAAAGCUAAGGCAAAUAACUGCAAAGUUAAACUGCAAAAAGAAAAAAAAUGUUGAGACAAAGGAUUAUUAUUUCACUAUCAUUAAGAACUUUGGUAUGUUUUAAAGCACUUAAUUUGAAGAAUGUAGCAAAACUAUUGAAUAAUUUCUGCAGAAUGGGUUUUGAAGUUUUGGCACUGAUGGAUGAAUAAUGUCAGCUGGUUUAUGCUAAAUGGGAACAUUUUUAAGCGUCAAAGUCUACAGUACAACUGCAUAUGUGAAAGAAGCUGUAUAAGAAUAUAGUCACACAUGAGUGACAGCGGGCGAGUGAUCAUCGACUGCCGAGGCUAUAUUCGUUCUGAUUGUGGACAGUCCUGGAUUUGACACACACUGAAAGCUAACUUGAUACCAUUUUCUUUUUCUCCCUGUCUGUCUUCUGACUUUCUGCCAGGCAGGCAGUAUCUCUCUUGGAGGGCAGUUUGGAUUUUUCUUGGCUAAAAUCGUACGAUUUCGACUGGUUAAUCACGGCAGCAAUCAGUGUCUACUCCACACAUGUGUUUGCUAUUGGUUUGCUUGAAGUUCACCAAAGCUGAACUCCAUUCCACGAUCUGCCACCAGAAGCAAAUGUUUUAUUCCCCCUUUCGCUGUCACUGAACAGAAGCGUACCACAGGUACGUUUUAAUGUAUGACCGUAGCCUAAAACCUUUGUGGAUGCAGAGGGAGCUGCACAUUGCAGCUGCACGGAUCUGAUUUUCAAGACCCGCUGUCAAACCGGCACUGCAACAUGCAAUACCACACCUGCCAGACCAGCUACACUUAUGACCAAUUUAGUUGUUCCGCUACCCGACCCGACCUGUCAACACAAACCUCUCCCCCCAACCCAAAACUGCAAACCCCACUGCUAUAAUUACUAGGGCUUUAUUCGACUCAAAAUUAUGCAAGUCAAAUCAGAUUUGGCAGUUCAAUAUGAAUAUUUGACGAUUUGUUUUGUUUUCAUACAAAGUUUUUUUUAGUUUGAACGGACUCCGUGGGACGGUCAGUGUGACAACAGCAAGAAAAGUGAUGUCAUUGGAAUCAGCUGAAAGCUACGUUUAAAAGAAUAAGAAAGAAAAAGUUAGAAAGAAGCAAGAUUACGAGACCUCUGUAGCACACUCCUCAUCUCUGUUUGAGGCUAGCUGCUGCUAGCACAACACACCCAAGUCUCUGUCUGGACCGACGUCGGUCGGGUGGCAUCAUGGGUAAUGUAGGCACCAGGUUUUGAAAAAAAAAAAGAAUUUGCGGAAUAAAAAGAUGAAGAUAUCUCUGGUUUUGCUGCAUCAAUGUUGAUCCUUUUUCUUUUUAAACUGUCCAUCGUCAGUUUGACAAUGUCACUUGAGUGUAAUGUUAAAUAAGUGGAGUUUAAAAAAAUCAAUUUAAAACCUUGAAUCCUUGAACUCUAAACACAGUAAAUAUGUAAUAUUGAAAAGCAUGCCAGUACGAUGGCAUCUUCAGGUACCACCCACUAAACACAAUGCUGUGUAGUAAAUUGUUCCGACCAAUUAAACACCAGGUUUAAGCAUAAUGCAUAUCUAAUUCACGCUCUGUUGUCCAAGUCACUGAAAAAUGUUUGCACCUGGUGCAUUAUAAAUUCUUGUGACUGUAAAAAUGAAAAAGAGAACAUGAGAAAACUCCACAGCGGUGCCAAAGCUUGAACUGAGUCUUAAAGCCUCUUGUGCCAAGCAAGAACUGAAACGUGUCGUGUUUCUCGUGUCAAAUAAAGAUGUAUCAUUUCAUGUGAUCAAACUUAAUUUAUUAAUACAUGUUGUUUUAUGUGAAAAAGCCAACACUGUGCCGUCACUGUCACAGUAGCCCACCCUCUCUGAUUUCUCCACAUUGACAGGCUACAGUCGGCAACAUGACAAUUACAUUAAAAUGGUUUUUUUUUUGUUUUUUAAAUGUUAUUUUUUCCUCUCUGCUCAGGGACAUCAGGUUGUAGUUCCUGUCACAGAACGGCUUUGUGACACAGAGAGGGCUUCUUAAAUAAUGAUGUUAGUUGUUUUUCGAUGAUUGUGAUUGUUUGGUUAAA